AUGACCAAGAACCAAUUGGAGGUAAACAAUGAGUAUUCCGCCGCGGUUGCCCGAUCAAACACUGGACCCACGACCCCGAGCUCAGGUAUGUCCGUAGUCAGCGACAUGUCAGAUAACGAGAUGCCCGUGGAUACGAACGACGUGGUCAUCCUCGACGACGAGCUCCGCACCUUGAUCAUCGUUACAGGGAUCUGGGUGGCAUUCCGGGAGGGUUGGUCGCACAACUUCAACUACGCAGACCCUGUUGCUGCACCCAACGGCAAGGGUCUCGUAUCUCCAACCUCGUCGGCAAAGUAUAGCUCGUCCACCACCACCAAGAUUGAGAACGAGAGAGCGUUUGAUCGCGACGAGCUCGGCCCGGUGAAGGAUUUGCCAAAUGGCAAGCGAUGCAUGUCAAUCUCUAGCAUGAAGCGCGCGAGUACGACGGGACUUGCUGAAGGAAGCAAAGCAGCUGGAAGUUUGUCCAAACGGUCCAACUCAACUGGAGCCGCAUUUAUGGAUCGCGCCAAACGACGGAGCGCCUCAGCGGCCAGCAAUCGACUCAACCGCCACAGCAUGUUCACCGGCACUGGCGAGAAUAGACGUGAUAUUGUGGUCUCUCGCCCUCCAUCCUUGCGACAGAACUCUAUCGAAUCCGAGAGUUCACCCCAACGCCCUGAUCGAGUCAAUACCAAACCUAAAGCCAACCCAGGUUCCGAUAUUCCCAAGCUGACCCUCCAAUCCGAUGCUGGCCCAGAGUUCACCCUGGAUGGUGCAUCUGACGUGCCCUCCAAGGACUCCGAAGCUAGCAAGAGCAAACGUCGACACCGACUCAGCGCUCUCUUCACGAUCUUUCACCGAAGACAUUGA